CAGAGACAAAGACAAAUGUUACACCUGCUUUCAGUGAAAACACUGUUUGAGCCGGUUUGAUGAUUGACUUAUUAAGUAUUAAGUUAAGUAAUUCAAUUCUGUGCUAUUUUGUAUCAGUGUUUCAGUUUGAUGCGAUGUGGCUCUUGAAAAUGAUCAGUGUGAUGCUGGUGAUUACUCUCACGUUGCUAGGUGUUUCUGGGAGUAAUUGGAAGGUGACCUUUAACGAUACAGCUCCAUGUGCCUUAAGAGGGUCAUCAGUGGUGUUUGCAUGCAGUUAUGCCUACCCCUCAGAUCAGACUAUUACAAAUAGCUUCUGGUAUUUCUCCAGUCAAAGGAAGAACAAUGAUCUCUUUCUGGCCCAGGAAUACAGAGGACGUGUAGAAUACCUUGGAAACAAAGACAACAACUGCACUUUGAAAAUUAAUAACCUAAUUAGUAGUGACGCAACACAAUACCACUUCAGAUUUGAGACGGUUAAUAAAGGUGGCAAAACGAAUGCAUGGAGCAGCAAAACAUGGGUUUCACUAAGUUUGACAGGGCUGACAGCCAAAGUACAGCCUGCAACUGUGAGAGCGGGAGAGAGGGUGACACUAACGUGUGUCACAACCUGUACACCAAGUGACCAUCCCACUAUUGUUUGGUCCAGGGAUGGACACUCAGUAUCCAACACAGAGUUCCUGGCCAGCAGUGAGGAUUCUGGCAGAUACCGAUGUGCUGUUCAAGGUCAAGAGAAUCUCAACUCUGCUCCAAUGUCUCUUGAUGUCAAAUAUGCCCCAAGGAACACCUUGGUGUCAGUAAGUCCCUCUGGUCCAGUGGUAGAGGGAAGCUCUGUGAACCUGACCUGCAGCAGUCAUGCCAACCCAGCAGUGGAGAACUACACCUGGUUUAAGAAGGAUGGAACAGACACCUCACAGACAGGGUCAGGAGAGGUGUUGAGAUUGACUUCUCUAACCUCCUCUGACAGUGGACAGUACUUCUGUGAGGCCAGGAACAAAGAAGGGGCUCACAACUCUACUGUUCUGUCUCUGAUCCUGCAGGAUACAAAUACUGUCCAAAUGCCAGUUUACAUCAGUUCCGCGGCCACAGUUUUCAUGGUGAUCAUACUUCUUGUGUUCCUAUGGAUGUGGAAGAGCCCAUUCAAAUUAUGUCAAAAGACUGCUGUGGACAAAAAGGAUCAUCAAAACCCAGUCUUAUUCAGUAGAAGGACCAGUAAUGACCCAGCAACACAGGAAGCUAGAACGGAGGAACGGGAAAAUGCUCUCUAUGCCAACAUUCAACUGCCUCCCUCUCACCCCCACCCCCAAGACAGUUCUCUGUACUCUGUGGUCGAGCCACCAGCUCUGCAGAACCCUCCUGACCCUCAUUACGCUACCUUUGACUUCCAGCAGUUCUGCAGCUCCAUCGACAGGGCCCAACUCUCAGGACUCCAUGAGCAUGAUGUUGUUUACUCCAAGAUGAAAACCAAACAGGCCAAGGUGACAGACAACCUACAGUAUGCCAGCAUCCAGUUCCCCCUCCCCAGUCCUACUGUGAGGUCAGAAGCAAGAUUAGAGGUGGACCAUUCUGUUAUCUACUCCACUGUUGCCAAACCUGAAGCCUGAACAUAUCAUUUCAUAAUGUUGAAUAAACUAAGCAGCAUUGGAACACAUGUUAAGAUAUGUAAAGUAUGCAAUUAAUGGGUAGUUAUAGCAAUAGAUGUAUAUGUAUUGUACUGUACUUGUAAUGCAUGUGUCUCGGUGAGCUUCCAUUGCUUGUGAUUGAUUGAUUCUGAAAUUUCAUUGGCUGACUGUUUUAGUUUGAGGUGUGACCGCCUAGGGGAAGGUGCAGGUAAGAGUGAAGUGGCCAUGUGGCUGGUUUAGUUUGUAACUGUCUGACAGAGUUUGAGAAAAUAUUGUUGAUUUAUCUUGAAUUUAAGUUUUGUAAGUUCUUCCCUUGACCUAACCAGAUCUUGUAUUUUUGGUUGUUUAGUUAGUUUGUUUUAUUAAAUAUGUACUGUUAUUUUAUUUUGCCACUCAACCCCAACUUGAAGAACCUGUGUAUAAUAUGUGAUGGGCAGAGCUACCGAGUACAUGCUACAGAUAAACUCAGCAAAAAAAGAAACGUCCUCUCACUGUCAACAGCGUUUAUUUUC